AUCCAACCACCGAGUCGACGCCACCGCAAGGUUCCGCUUUGUAGCGGUUUAUUUAAGAGUUCGGGAUUUGGAUUUAUGGCCUAUCUUGCACAGGCGUACGAUGGCCGGAGGAAGACGAAGAACGAACCAUGCCAAAUCCAGUGAUAUCUUCAGGAAGAACAAGACUAAUUCCGCCAGAAGAAGAUCGGACCCGCCAUCAAAUUUGUUUGUCGAUGGAGGGUUUUUAUCCGAUUGGCAGUUUCAGUUAUCGCCGCCCAUUUCCGCUCGAGAGGGAAAUUCUAGGGCGAAGGGCAAGUCUGGAUCAAAAUCGGCUACCUUAGAUCGUAAAAAGAUUGCUUCAUCAAGUGGGACUAAACAAUCCAAUGGUUAUGCUAUUGGCUACGAGUACCCUUCUGCUCCGAAUCAGGAAGAUUUGCAGUCGGAAUCCCGUGGUCUGCAGAAUGAUGCAGAGUGUAGCUUGGACGACUCGCAGCCUUUUAUAUUACUUAAUUCUAAGAGUAAUCAAAUUGUCGCCUAUGUAGAUGAAAAUCCACAAUUAAUGGCGGAUAAUUUAGAAUUUACUUAUGAUUAUGGUACUAGUUUUGUGUUAGGUGAUAGUUCACAUAGAGGACUAGGGUUUCAAGAUGACGAUGAACUUGUUACAAAGCAGAACACAGAUGAUGAUUCAGCCACACAAGUGGAAGAACAAGGAGGAUUAUGUACUGGUUCAUUAUCCUUUGAGAAGGAAACUGGUACAGAUGAGAAGGUUGAUGGCAGGGUAGGAGUUGAAACGGCUAAUGAGAUGGUAGCUGAAGCCUCACCUUCCAACAAAAAUUCAGAUGAUAUGUACUCUCCAAAAAAUUCAGGUUUCUUGUCAAUUGGUGGUGUGAGAUUAUACACCCAAGAUGUAUCUGAUGAAGAAAGUGAUGAUGAUGGGGAGUCAUCUGAUGGAACUUCCGAGUACUCCGAGCCUUUAGAGUCAGAUGAAUCAUCUGAAGGUGAUAGCUCUGUGGAAAUGUCUUGCAGUGGUUCCGAUAUUGAUGAUGAGGUGGCUGAAGAUUAUCUUGAAGGGGUUGGUGGAAGUAAGAAUAUUUUAAAAUCCAAAUGGUUAGUAAAACAAGAGUUGCUAGAGUCUGGUGAUGAUAGUUCUAGCAGUAGCCUUGAUGACACUUUAAAGAAAUUAGGCGGUAUUGCUUUGCAGGAAGCAUCAAAAGAAUAUGGAAUGAUAAAAACUAGAUCAAGAAAUAAAAGAUCCGUUGUUUCUAGAGAUCAUUGGUCAGCACUGGCUCUAGAUGACAUGCUAGUAAAAGAUAUUAGAUCUACAUCAGGUAGAAAGCAAAAGAAUGCUUCUCAGUUUGCUCGUUCUUGGCCUCCAAAAGCUUCGACAAGUAAAGCUACUAGAAAGUAUCCCGGUGAAAAGAAGAAAUAUCGUAAAGAAGCUAUUGCAGCAAAGCGUCGAGAAAGAAUGCUUAAUCGGGGUGUUGAUCUAAUGCAAAUAAGUCUGAGAUUGGAGCACAUGGUUCUCAAUAAAGAAGAUAUGUACGCUUUCCAACCUAUGCAUCCCCGUGAUUGUUCCCAGGUACGACGAUUGGCAGCAAUUUACCGCUUGCAUAGUGGAUGCCAAGGUUCUGGUAAAAAAAGGUUUGUAACGGUAACUCGAACACAGCACACUGGAAUGCCAUCAGCAAGUGAUCAAGUUCGCCUUGAACAGCUAAUUGGAGCAAGAGACGAGGAUAAUGACUUUUCUGUUGCGGAAGGCUCAAACAUAAAAUCACGGGGCAGCGACAGAAGCAGAGAAAAGAAAAAUACCAAAGUUCGUGGUUUGCACACAUUGGAAUUUGAUCAAUCUGUAAGCAAUAAGUCGAGGUCAAAGGGUUCUGCAGGUAAGGGCUCGAGUCAGAAAAUGACUGGCAAAAAAUAUGCUGAUCAACCAGUCUCAUUUGUAUCAUGUGGAGUAAUGCAACCAGAAUUAAUGGAAGUGAGACAGGUCCAUGAUGCUAAUGAUGUAGACAAAGGUAAGGACAUUGUAGCUACAUCCGAAAUGAUCGAGAUGAUCACUAGUAAUGUCAAUAAUACGGAUAUAAGUAGGGAUAGUAUUGGUUCGUUUGAGCUGCACACCAAGGGUUUUGGGUCAAAAAUGAUGGCAAAAAUGGGAUUCGUGGAAGGCGGAGGAUUAGGGAAAGAUGGUCAAGGAAUGACUCAUCCCAUUGAAGUGAUGAAACGACCAAAAUCACUAGGGUUAGGCAUCGAGUUCUCCGAGGCCUCGACAUCUGCCGCUGGUGAUAACCAAGCAAGUUGGGUAUCUUCUGCCAGAACGAGGUCCGGUGCUUUGGAAAAAUCUAAAAGAAUUGGUGCUUUUGAAGUGCACACUAAAGGAUUUGGGUCAAAGAUGAUGGCGAAGAUGGGAUUUGUUGAAGGCAUGGGAUUGGGAAAAGAUUCACAAGGGAUAGUCAACCCUUUGCUUCCUGUUAGACGGCCUAAAGCUCGAGGAUUGGGAGCCAAAAGUUAGAUAUUCAAGAAUAGAUGUUCGUUUCAUCAUGUUGCUAAUACAUUACUUCUCUUAGAUUCUCACAUUCUGUGUCAAUGUCCUUAACAGAGUAAGUACAGUGCAAUCCUGUUAUUUUCCUCAACUCUUCCUCUUAAAUUAGUGAUAAUGAAAAGACAGAAACUUUAUUUUCUUUA